AUGGACCCAACAGAAAAUACCCUGCCUUCUCGGCCUUCCGACUCCCCAGCUCCAGGUGCAAGCAGACAGAAAGUCCAGCAGCCAAAACCGCAAGCUCUUGCGAACAGACCAGGCACUUCCGCGAUCCUUGUAUCCACGCGACAAAAAGGCAAUCCGAUCCUGACACACAUCAAGCUUCUACCGUGGGAAUAUGCCGACAUUCCCGCUGACUAUGUUGUCGGCACCACAACCUGUGCACUAUUUCUGUCCUUGAAAUACCACCGCCUACACCCAGAAUACAUCUACUCCCGAGUGAGACAGUUAGCCGGCAAAUACAACCUUCGCCUCGUCCUUGUCAUGGUUGACAUUCCAAACCACGAAGAUAGUCUCCGCGAACUAUCUAAAACAUCCAUAAUCAACAACUUGACAUUGAUAUUAUGCUGGUCUGCCCCAGAAGCCGCCCAUUAUCUAGAACUCUUCAAAUCCUCGGAGAACGCACCGCCCACGGCAAUCCGAACCCAACAAGCGCAAUCCUACAAGGAAUCUCUAGUGGAAUUUGUCACUAUACCCAGAAGUAUCAACAAGUCCGAUGCGGCCAGUCUAAUUUCUACAUUUGGGAGCUUGCAGAAUGCUAUCAAUGCACAGCCGGAGCAGAUCAGUGCUGUCCCAGGGUGGGGAGAGAAAAAGGUUCAGCAAUGGUGCAAUGCAGUUCGAGAAGACUUCAGGGUUGAGAAUACGAAGAAGGCUGCUGCUCCCGCCGUGCCAACUCGGCCAAAACCAGCUCCAGCUCCAGCACCUGUCAAUGAUUCACCUGAUCACGAUAUAGACGAAGAUGAGGAGGAAGCAAUUCUCCGUGCGGUGAUGGCUGAAAGUAGGAAGACUGCAGCUGAGGCCGGGCAGUCUAGUGAGGCUCGCCCGCCUGGUGUGCAACCUGAAGAGAUGAGUGAAGGCAUUACAGCCGCGCUUGCGAGACUUAGAGAUGAUGCUGGUUGA